AUGAGUGUCAAAGUUACCUCUAGAUCUAAAUCUUUGAAGGAUGUGGAACUCCCUCAAGAAACCAGCUCUCUAGCAGCUGCAUUGAAGGAAAUUUCGAGCAAAAACAAGAACAUUAAAACGAACCGUAUCAGAUUAACUAUUCUCAAGGAAAAUAAGCAAAUUCCAAUCACUUCAGAUCAUGCAUUUGAAGACUUAAGCGGCGCCAAACUUUUUGCAAAAGACAUUGGCCCCCAAAUCGGGUGGAGACUAGUGUUUUGUUUGGAAUAUUUGGGACCCAUCAUUAUCCACUCUCUUGUUUAUUACUUGUCCACAAGACCUGAGUUGGCCAAAUUUCACUGCAAAUCUCGUCCUUACAACCCGUUCAUCACCAAAGUGGCUUACAUUCUGGUUGUCGCACACUACGUCAAGAGAGAAUUGGAAUCUUUAUUUCUGCACAAGUUUGCACAGUCCACGAUGCCCUUCUUCAACUUAUUUAAAAAUUCUUUCCAUUAUUGGGUACUAAAUGGAGCUAUUUCUUUGGGUUACUUUGGGUACGGAUUCUUGUUAAAGGACAUAACAGUUUUCAGGAUCUACUCAGCUUUCAAAUUGGACAAUUUUAGUCUCAUUCUUGCCCUGUUCAUCGCGUCAGAAUUUUGGAACUUCUGGACACACCUCAAACUCCGUCUUUGGGGUGACGCUCAAAAGGCACAGGGUAUCACUCAGCGUGUACCAUUGGAAAAUGGCCUUUUCAAAAUUUUCGUUGCUCCAAACUAUACGUUUGAAGUCUUGGCCUGGACAGCGUUCACUCUACUUUUCAAGCUCAACAUAUUCGCUGUUAUAUUCUUGUUUGUUUCGACCGCUCAAUUGUACUUGUGGGCUGCUAAAAAAAACAAGAAGUACGGUACAAACAGAGCCUUUUUGAUUCCUUUCGUUUUUUAA